UUUAAGUCUUACCGCCUUCUUUUUGCUUAUUUCGCGCCAGAAUGUUAAUAAAAUCCGUAAAAUAAAAUGAAGAAACCGCCAAAUUGAAUGAGAUUAAAGCUUUCGCGCCAAACACCCAAAUCCCUCAACAUAUAUUGAUCUAUCUGACACAAAGACCUCAAAUCUUUUCUGUUUUUUCUCUUCAAUUUCUCACUUUCUUAAUCAAUCUUUUGGUUUCAAUCCUACUCCAGUGUUUGGUUUUUUCCUUGAUUACAAGAUGGAUUGCAAUGCAUCCGAAGACGAUGGCAACAUCCGAAAGAUUAGAUCUGUUUCAGGGUUCGAUUCGCUCGAAUCCGAUAGCCUUCAUGCGUUUCGGCAAUGCAACAACGACCCAGAUGCCGCCCUAAAUUUCGACCGUGAUGCCCCUCCGGUAACGGUUAAACGGACCAUUACAAGUACUGGAGCCAGGAUUCUUACUCAGAUUAAGCAAGAGAAGUCUGACGAAGUGGAAGGAGCGGAGUUCCUUCAUGGGUUGAAAACGAAGAUCAAAGUAAAAGAAGAACCCGAUUUGAAUGUUGACGGGAUUUUUGAAAAGGAGGUGGGUUCAAACCCGCCCCAGGUGGAUCGGACUUGGGCGUUGGUGCCUCAUAAGGAAAUCAUGAAAAUGUCCUUUGAUGAGUUCCUUCGAGCUACGGAUGCCCACGUUGAACGAAAGGACCUUGAACGAUCAGAAGAGGCUCAAGGGCAUCAUGGGUUGAAGGACAAGAUCAAAGUAAAGGAAGAGCUUGAUGUGGGGUUACUCGGCUCAGAUAGCAUUCGAUCAUUGGUCAAAAGACCGCCUGAUGGAUUUCUCGAAUCCUAUGAUGAUUUUGUCAAGCCAAAACGUACCAAAGAUGAACAUCGCAAAGAAAACUCACAAUGGCAUCCUGGGUUAAAGGAGAAGAUCCAAAUAAAGGAAGAACUUGAUGCGACGUUACUGGGUACAGAUUCUGCCAGAAAUGAGAACUCAGGAAUGCGGGGUGAUAGCUUUGUCCAAUCAAGGAACGGAAAAGUUAUAUCUGAUGGCAACGGCCGCAAUACUCAAAGUGUUCCUUAUCACAAUCCUCAGAAACCCUUUAAUGUGAAGAAAGAGACAGCUCAAUUUCUUCCUUAUGGCAAUCCUCAGAAAAACUUCAAUGUGAAGCAAGGGAAAAUUGAGGAUAGACCAGUUACUUCUGUUUUGGUGGAGGAUGGGGAUUUUCCAGAAGAACCAGAUUGGUUUUUGGUGGGGAGGACCCCCAUUAUAGGUCUUUCCACCACCAAAGGGAGGAAAUUGGUAGACAAUGAGAUAGUCCAUUUUUCUUUUCCUUCUGCUGAUUUGAGAAAUAAAUGUAACUCAAAAUGGGUUGCGAAGGCUGCUUCUGCAGCGUCUGCUAUAGUUCGCUUCUCAACCAAACGUUCUGGAGAGAUUGGUAGGCUGCCAAUGGAGUGGACAAAGUGCAUUAUUCCACUGGUAAAUUCUUCAAAGGUUAAGGUACUUGGUCGAUGUGUAGCUGCACCAAUAAUUCUUCGAUUGAUGCAGGAAAUAGUGUUGUAUGUUAGCUUUUAUAUUCACCAGUCAGUCUUCACUGAGGGGAAUAAGUCUUCAUGGAGGCUAGAUGCGGCCCCAAACAUUGACUCCACAGUUUACCCUCUGCCAACUCUGUUCAAACUGCUGCAAAUUAAACCAUUUCAGGAGGCUGAAUUCACCCCAGAGGAACUUGAUUCAAGGAAACGUAAACUAAAUCUAGAGGGUGAUACAGAUGAAGCUCCAUCAAUGUUGCCUAUAGUGAAACAAAAAAAGGGUUGCCAACAGUAUCCUGAACAAAACAAUGAUGAACAGGCUCUCUCAGAAUCAUCUCUAAAUAAGCUUGUUGGGGCUGCAGAUCAAUAUAACUUGGAGGAGAUGGAGUCCCCAAGUACACUCAUGUGUGAUUUAAGGCCCUAUCAGAAACAAGCUCUCUACUGGAUGUCUGAAUUGGAGAAGGGAAGUGAUGCUGAGCAAGCACCAAAAACUCUUCACCCAUGCUGGGCUGCCUAUCAAAUAUGUGAUGAGAGGGCUUCUGCAAUCUAUGUGAACAUCUUCUCAGGAGAAGCAACUACACAACUACCCACAGCAAUACAUAUGGCAAGAGGAGGAAUUUUAGCAGAUGCAAUGGGGCUAGGGAAGACUGUGAUGACAAUUGCCCUAAUACUGGCAAGACCAGGCAGGAGAAGCUCUGGUGUCCAUAAACUCCUCACUGAAGCUGCAGAUGAUACUGAAGAAGCAGAGAAAAAUACUGACUCUCACACAAAGGCCCCAUUAAACGUAAAAGGCGGAACUCUUAUUGUUUGUCCCAUGGCCUUGUUAAGUCAGUGGAAGGAUGAGCUGGAAACACAUUCAAAGCCAGAAAGUAUUUCUAUUUUUAUCCAUUAUGGUGGAGACAGAACCAAUGACCCAAAGGUGAUAUCAGAACAUGAUGUGGUCUUGACAACAUACGGUGUCUUAACUUCAGCUUAUAAGAAUGAUGAAAAUAGCAGCAUUUUCCACAGAGUUGAGUGGUAUAGGGUGGUGUUAGAUGAAGCCCACACUAUUAAAUCCUCAAAGACCCUCAGUGCUCAGGCUGCUUUUGCAUUACCUUCGCAUUGCAGGUGGUGCCUGACGGGUACUCCCCUUCAGAAUAAUUUGGAAGAUCUCUACAGCCUCCUAUGCUUCUUGCAUGUUGAGCCAUGGUGUAACUGGGCUUGGUGGUACAAAUUGAUCCAAAAGCCUUAUGAGUGUGGUGAUCAGAGAGGGUUGAGGUUAAUUAAAGCUAUUUUGAGACCGCUGAUGCUGAGGAGAACAAAGGACACAAAGGAUAAAGAAGGAAGGCCCAUACUCGUUCUUCCUCCAACUGACAUUCAAGUCAUCGAGUGUGAACAAUCAGAAGCUGAACAUGAUUUUUAUGAUGCCCUUUUCAAGAGAUCUAAAGUUCGGUUUGAUCAAUUUGUUGAACAAGGCAGAGUUCUUCACAACUAUGCGUCUAUCCUUGAGCUACUACUUCGACUGAGGCAAUGCUGCAACCACCCAUUUCUUGUUAUGAGCCGAGGUGAUACACAACAGUAUGCAGACUUGAGUAAGCUUGCAAGAAAGUUCCUUGAAAACAAUCCUUGCUCUGACACUUCAAAUCACUCCAUUCCUACCCGGGCAUUUGUUGAAGAGGUCGUUGGGGGAAUUAGACGGGGUGAAAAUACAGAGUGCCCUAUAUGCCUAGAGUCUGCAGAUGACCCAGUGCUCACACCAUGUGCACAUCUGAUGUGCAGGGAAUGCCUACUUUCAAGCUGGAGGACCCCCUUGAGUGGGCUAUGCCCAAUAUGUCGGAAACUGCUAAAAAAAACAGAUCUCAUAACAUGCCCAUCAGAAAACCGAUUUAGAAUUGAUGUUGAGAAGAACUGGAAGGAGUCUUCAAAGAUCUCUGAACUUUUACAUUGCUUGGAGCGUAUUUCCCAGUCAAGAAUUGGUGAGAAGAGCAUUGUGUUUAGCCAAUGGACUUCAUUUUUAGAUCUCUUGGAGAUCCCAUUGAGAAGGAGAGGAAUCGGAUUCUUAAGGUAUGAUGGAAAAGUGGUUCAGAAACAGAGGGAGAGGAUUUUGAAGGAGUUCAGUGAGACUGAAGAGAAAACGGUAUUGCUAAUGUCACUGAAAGCCGGUGGUGUCGGCUUAAAUCUAACAGCAGCCUCCAAUGUAUUCCUAAUGGAUCCCUGGUGGAACCCUGCAGUAGAGGAGCAAGCGAUAAUGCGAAUUCACCGCAUUGGACAAGAGCGAACAGUUCGUGUCAGAAGAUUUAUUGUGAAGGACACGGUGGAGGAACGGAUGCAGCAAGUGCAAGCAAGGAAACAGCGCAUGAUCACCGGAGCCCUCACCGAUGAGGAAGUUCGAACUGCCAGGAUUGAGGAGCUCAAAAUGCUGUUCAGAUGAUCCAUCCAUUCUUAUAUUUAUGUAAACAUAGAGUAGAAGAUUAGAUAAUAUUAUAGCAAUUUAUAUUUCUAUAUAUGUAUGCAUUAAAGGGGCUUCUCUAUGUAUAGACCCAAGAGCCCAAAUUUUGUAAAUGUUCUGCCUUGGCGCUGAAAUUCCAACCUUUCAAAACAA